AUGCCUCGGGGCCAGAAGAGUAAGCUCCGUGCUCGUGAGAAACGCCGCCAGGCCCGAGGUGAGCCCCAGAGCCUUGAGGGUACUCAGGCCACUGCAGCAAAUGUUGAAGAGUCCUCCGACUCUCCUGUUUCUGGGGAUACUCUCCCAAGUUCCUCUGCUGCUGGCACUUCCCAGGAGCCUCGGGGAUCCCCAGCCACUAGCUCUCCUACUGCAGGUGUUUCACGCCCAAGAUCUAAUGCAGGUGCCAAGAGCCAAGCUGAGAAAAAGAAAAAUUCCUCUCAGGCCUCAACUUCCCCUGAGAGUGCUCGCAAAGAUCUUCUAACCAGGAAGGUAGGGAUGUUGAUGCAGUUCCUGCUAGAAAAGUAUACAAUGAGGGCACCCAUUUUGAAGUCAGACAUGCUGAAGAUCAUCCACAAAAGGUACAAGGAGCACUUGCCCGAGAUCCUCAGGAAAGCCUCUGAGCACAUGGAGCUGGUCUUUGGCCUGGAAUUAAAGGAAGUCAAGCCAGGCCGUCAUUCCUAUAUCCUGGUCAGCAGCCUAGACCUCACCACCGAUGGCAGUGUGAGCAGUGCCUGGGGCUUUCCUAAGAAUGGGCUUCUCAUGCCUCUUCUGAGUGUGAUCUUCUUGAGUGGCAACCGAGCCUCUGAGGAGGAUAUCUGGGAAUUCCUGAAUAUUUUGGGCAUCUAUGAUGGCAGGAAGCAUUUAGUCUUUGGGGACUCCAGGAAGCUCAUCACCCAAGAUUUGGUGCAGGAAAAGUACCUGGAGUACCGCCAGGUACCCGGUAGUGAUCCUCCACGCUUCGAGUUCCUGUGGGGCCCGAGAGCCCACGCUGAGACCAGCAAGAUGAGAGUCCUGGAGUUUUUGGCCAAGGUUCAUGAUACCGUCCCCAGCGCCUUCCCAUUCCAUUACGAAGAGGCUCUGCGAGAUGAGGAAGAGCGAGCCCGAGCCAGAGCCACAGCUGCGGCUGCCUCUACUACCCAGGCCGAUGCACGUUCCCAGGCGAAGUCCAGCCUCUCCUCUCCUCCCUAG